GUCACACUGUUGGUAGAAGCCGAAACAAACAAAUAACGCCGCGUUUUAAAACUAAUAAUAUGAAUCCCCUGGAUAAAAUACAUGCACUUGAUGAAAUUGAGAAGGACAUUCUGCUCUGCAUGCAAAGUGCAGGUCUGGCACUGCAAGAACUGGGCAAGGAGAAGUCUUCGCAAAAAAGUGCCGAAACGCAAUCACAACAGUUCCUAAAGAGCUUGUCCAGCGUGGAAUCCAAGCUUUCAGAGCAAAUAAACUACCUCACACAAGUGUCUACCGGUCAGCCACAUGAGGGUUCGGGCUACGCUUCAGCCAAGGUGCUGCAAAUGGCCUGGCAUCGUAUUCAACACGCACGCUCCCGAGUCCGCGAGCUAGAGGAGACCAAGGCGAAGCAUUCUCAUGCAGCCAGACAGCAACAGAAACGUCAACAGGAGCAUGCUGCUGCACAACAACAGCAACAAGCAGCCGCAGCUGCAGCUCAGCAGCAACAACAACAGGCUGCUGGUGGCGGCGUUGGAAGUGGACCCGGAUCUGGAUCGGGAUCUGGUGAUGGCGGGGCAAGCGGUGGCAGCAGCUCCACUGGCGGCAGUGGUGGAGUGGGUGGCAUGGGCACUGAUUCCGCUGGUGGCGGUGGCAUGUCAACAAAUUGAAAACGCAUAAUUUUAUUUAAGACUUUU